AUGCCCGUCGACUACAGCAAAUGGGACAGCCUCGAGCUCAGUGACGAUUCGGACAUUGAGGUCCACCCCAAUGUCGACAAGCGCUCCUUUAUCCGCGCCAAGCAGAACCAGAUCCACCAAGAGCGCCAGCAGCGACGCUUCGACAUUGAACGUCUCAAGUACGAACGAAUCAUCAACGAUGGCCUUCUCAAGCGCAUAUCGUCCCUCGUCGCGGCGCUCAAAGCCCACGCCCACGAAGCGACGAGCCGUAACCCCGGCGAGGUGGCCUUCCAGGCCGUGAUGGAAAGUGCGGGGAAACCGGAGGAGGACCAGCCGCCCAAGAGGCCCGAGGGUCUCCAGGCUGCCGAGGGCGAGGAGAACCCGACGUACUCCAAGAUGAUGGUGGCGUUGCUGGACCAGGUGAACAAGGCCCUGGACGAGAAGAAGCCCGAAGAUCGAUACACGGCCAUGACCGAGGAAGUGCAGAUGCACGAGAACAAGGUGCUGGACCUGCAAAGGCAGCUGGAGGAAAAGCUCGCGGAGCUGGAGAAGGAGGAGAAGAGGAAGAUUACAAGCGAUGCGUACCACACGGGGUUUGACAGCUCGCACGUGUCCAAGUCGACGCUGGAGGACAAGGCAAAAGAGGAAGCCGCGCAGAGUGGACAGCAAAAGAAGCAACCGGAGCUGUUGAACCCAAAAUUCAAGCCUGCAGACACGCAAAGCAAGUCGACACCGGACGAUGGAGAGGAGGAGGAAAUGGAAGCGUCACCGGACGCCAAGAAGUUUGCUCAGUUCAAGACGAAUGACUUUAGGGGCAGCGCGCAGUUCAUCAGUGAGCAUCCUCACAUACUGAAGGAGAGCGAGACGGACGGUCUCAUGGUGCUGGCAUUCGACGCCGCUCUGGAGAUGAAGGACGAGUAUGCGCGGCAGUGCGUGCACCAGGCCCUGCUCCUCCAGUACUGCCGGCAACUUGGCCGUGACGGCGUGCCGCUCUUCUUCAAGCGCAUCACCACAAAGGACCAUCAGGCGCAGCAGAUGUUCUACAAGGACGUGCAAGACACAUAUAUGCGCAUCCGCAACCGUGCCAGAGAGAUUGUGCGGGAGCGGACAAUGGAGGAGCAGCAAGGUGGCGUCGAGCAGAUCCAGCUACACGCCAUGGAGGAGGGCACGGUGAUCAACAUUCGCAUCCCCGAGAAGGGCAGCCAGGACGAGGAGGAGCAACGCGCGAGGAAAAUCUUUGAAGGGUUCUCGGCGGAGAUGCGCAAAGCGCUCGAGUCGGAGAGCCUGGAUGAGGUGAACAAGGUUCUGGGCGAGAUGAAGGUCCCCGAGGCGGAGGCCAUGGUGGAGGCGUUCGGCGAGGCCAACAUUCUCAGUCUCGAGGAGAAGAUUAUUGACGCAACAACGGAGGAGGGUCAGAAAAAGCUCAAGGAGCUGGAGAAGGCCGCUGCCGCUGAGGAGAAGUAUGAUGAUCCCGAAUGA